CGCGGGCAGGCAGUGCGCAGCCGCAGGUCCUUCAGGUCGGAGCUGAUUCUGGGUUUGCGCUGCUUCUUUCUUCGCUGCCACCACCAUGGAGCCUCCGGACUUUGAAGCCAUGAACCUGACAGUGAAGCCGGCGCCGCCAGCGUUCCCGCUCUGUGGCGCAUGGAAGGAGGCUGCGGAGGGAUCUGUGUUCCACCUCGCCAACAUCCUGCUCUUCCUCGGCUUCAUGGGAGGAAGCGGUUUCUACGGACACCUUUACCUGUUCACCUUUUUGACCGUGGGCUUCUUCUGCAGCACCGUGUGGGCCUGGUCGGACCCCUGCACCACCGACACCUUCCUCUGGAACUGCGCCCUGUUCGGGGCGUGUUUGACUCAGGCUCUCUAUAUAGUCUACAAGCUGAGGAGCCUCACAUUCGACAAGGACUUUGAGGAACUGUAUAACUGCAUGUUUAAAAGACUCGGAGUAUCCAUUGCACAUUUUGGGAAGAUAGUGACUUCCAGUGACGGAGUUGUCCACACCUUGGAGAAGGGCCAGUUCUUUGCUGUAGAAGGAAAAACAGCUAUUGACAAGUUGUCUGUUCUUCUGUCUGGCAGAAUCCAUGUGACAGUGAAUGGAGAGUUCCUGCAUUACAUCUACCCUUUCCAGUUCCUGGAUUCUCCUGAAUGGGAUUCUCUCAGGCCCUCAGAGGAGGGAAUAUUCCAGGUGACUCUGCAUGCUGACGAUCAGUGCAGAUACAUAGCCUGGAGGAGGAAGAAGCUGUACCUGCUUUUUGCUAAGCAUCGCUACAUAGCCCGGAUCUUUGCCCUGAUUGUGCGCAGUGACAUCGCUGAGAAGGUGUACUCACUUAGUGACAAGGCUUUUGACAGGGCAGGACACCGUUAUGAUCUUCGUUUACCAAGUUACUGCCACAUGCCAGGGCCAGAAUUAGAAAGAGCACAUGACCUCCUGGAAGUUCCUGUGCCAGGGGAAAGGGCCGGAUAGUCACACACACACACGCCCACGCACACGCACGCACACACACGCACGCACGCACACACACACGCACACACACACACACACGCACACGCACACGCACGCACGCACGCACGCACGCACACACACACACGCACACACACGCACGCACGCGCACACACACACACACGCACGCACACACACGCACGCACACGCACACACACACACACACACGCACGCACACGCACACACACGUACACAGACACUGUGUCGGGUCUUUACAUUUAGAACUUUCCUUUUGCAUUACAAAAUGUCAUUGGGUUAAAAUCUGUCCAUACUUGGGACAAUGUUGAAGUGAAUUAACCACACUGUGCUCUCCUGUACUGCUCACCUGUGAGAUGGAAACCCCAAAGAAAACAAGUCAAACCAUAGGUCAAACUGAAGUCUGGCUGCCUCACUGAUCCAUGACCACAGACAUGCCAGGCACAAAUCACAGGCUAUCCUGGAGUUUUUGUUACAGAAGCCAUGAAACUGUGCCAGGAAUAUACUGAACUGAAGACUCAAUAUCAGCAGGCAUCACUUCAGUCAAUCACAAAUACUGCCAGAUGUUGGUGGUUAUAGCUGCACGCCAUAACAAUCAGAUCUGGCUCCACAGAGGCAAAUAAAGACACAUAUUCAAUAAAAAGUUGAAUGUUUUUCUCCAACGGUGCACUCAAAGUCUAGUUGUUAUUGAUUCAGAAUUUGUAAAAAAAAAAAAAAACAGAAUUUUGUUUCGCUCUGUGUUUAACAGCAGCUAAAAGGGCAACUGUUAAACCCUUUGAUUGUACAUUACUGCAGAUGGAAUAUAAACAGCUUCUCAUUUAGGUGUUUUCAAUCUUUUACCUUCUGCUCAAGUUUUCAUUAUCCUGUCAAUGAUUGAGUCACGUAAUAAGAGGAUUUUAACUGAACAACUCAUGUUCCUUGUCGAUGUCUACAUCUUUACUGUUUACACAGACAAGGUUGAGAAACAAGAUAUUUGCUACAUGUUGCUUGUUGUUAUCUUGUCUCUCCAGGUCCGUGGAUGUAGAUGUAGACAUGAACACAGUGAGCCAUAAGUUUUCAUAUAUAGAAAAAAUACACAUUUUUUAUUGGACAACCAUGUUUAUUCUGUAAUCACUGCAUGUCUUGGACUACUUUGUGGUUGAUCUGCAACAUUUUCAGUUUUCUGAAACUUGUAAAUAAGUUUUGCCACAGUGUUGCGUGUGAUGCUCGUUGUGAUGCUCUUUCCAUAUUUUCUGUUAAAGUUUUGUGCAACCGUGCGACUGCUUCCCAAUCCAGCUAUUAGUAUAAUUGAAAUUCUUUUCUCUUGUCAAAUGCACCUUCUUGGAUAUCUGAAACAUAAAAUAACUAUAUAUUUUACAAUCUCCUAUGUAUGGAAACGUAUAUAUAAAAAAUAUCUUGAUGUCUCACAGUCUGCUGACUAAUAAAAUGAGUUGAGGAUCAA